ACCAGAGUUUGAGUUACGGUCGUUGAUAAUAAAUAAAUUGUUGAACGGUGCUUUAUGCGGCACUACUUUUCGUGACCUUAAACAUCACGAAUCUCUCAUCACGAUUCCACUGCGAGGAAUGCCAGAGAUUCUGUGCGAAUCUUUUUGGUUAGUCCGGGUGGCUUGCACAGCUUGGGGUACACUGGGGCAAGUGCCACCUUUUCUUUACAAUUUGAUACAGUACGAAAUCCGGAAGGAAUAAGGCGAAAAGAGGCACAGCGAGCGAGGUGGCAAGACCAGGUGGAGCGGUGGAUCUGGCGAGCACUGGAGACCAGCUGCCAUGGAUCGAAUUAGAUGGAGAAAUUACGUCAUGCAGGCCUUGUCAUAAGACGUAAGCCCAACUAAAAAGCACCUUAUCCCGAAUCUGGAGAGUAAAUGCCGGCUCUGCCUCUCGGACAAGACGAGUGUUCAAUCUAUCUUCCAGGGCAACACUAAAGAAACGACGGAUACGCUUGUGGACAAAAUCUUUGAGUGCACCGCAAUCAUGCUAUCCAAGGAUUUUGACUACCCUUCACCGAUUUGUGAAGACUGCGCGCUGAAGUUGGACGAGUUUUUGCUGUUUAGAGCUAAAUGCCUGCGAAGCAACGAAAUUUACCGGUUCAAUAAAUUACAUAAAUCCCGGCUUGUGAGUGGAAGCACACGGUUGCAGUCGAGCGGAAAGGACGAGGAUGAGAGAAAGGAACUACCUCCGCCCGAAUGUACCGAGGAUGGUCAUAGGGAAGAACCGGCGGAAAGGGACGCGUUCGGAACGAGUAGCAGCAGCGAAGGAGCCAAUGUCACAGUAAUAAAUAAUGAACUGCCAGAUGCAAGUUGUGUUCCUGAUGAAAUUGUAGAAACUCGCAAAUCAACUGUAUGUAACGGAAAAGCGUACGAAUCACACGAAAGCGUUGAAACUAAACCUAUGGAUCUUCCGAUUUUGGAUGAGGCAGAAGUCACAGCGAUUAGUGAACCAGUUUUGACCAAGGACUCUAGCAAGAUUGAAGAAGUAAUCAUUGACGGAAUUUCUUUCCCUUUGGGAUCAAUCAAGGAACUGGAACGCUUAGAGCGCCGCAUUCAAUCGCAACCGGAAACAAGAGAAAAAUUUAUUUCAUUCCUACGAACACUGAAAACGCAUGAUACCUCAUUGAGCGAAACAUAUCAGUGUCUGUUCACGGAUGCGCUAAUGAUACAUUACAAUUACGAUGGCAUUUCACCGAAAUACAACAAGCGACCGCUCAAGAAUCUUUCCAUCUUCACCGAGUGCAUGCCAGUGGCUUGGAAGGACCACAUGGAUGCGAAUAUGGUACGAGAAGCAAUUAUUGAGGCUGUGAAAAAAUCUCAUAAUCGGUACAAUCAAUGUAGUCACCGUAAACGCGCCAGGCAAGUAUACCUGUGAAGAAGUCCAUUCCAUGUCAUUCAAGUAACCUCAUACUGAUCUUUACAGCUACGAGUGGUUAUAGCUGAUUAUUCCGCAUUGAAUUAAUCAGUAAAUAAGUAGUAGAUAAAUUGCCAGAAGCAAUCAAUAGCGUUAUCUAAUUUGUACUUUUACCCGUAAUAGUGCGAUAGUAUUAUGUCCAACGACAUUCCACCAAAAAACUGAUGGUACUUUUAAACUUCUUUCGCUUCGAAAAAAAACUACGAUAAUACAACAAUGUGAAGGAACAAAUUGUAAUUGAAAUGAUAGCAAACCUACUUUAACGAACACGCGAGGAACCAACUACUGUUACAUUCAUUCCAACGAAAAUAAAAACAACGUAACGCGAACUAGAGCAAAUAAACGCGAAGUGUAUAGAUAAAUUUUAGCAUAAAUAGAAACACGUUACAAAUUUUGUUAACAAAUUUUAAAAUGUUAUGAACGAUUUAUUUCAUAAACUUGGCAUGUAAGCAACAGAUAGUAUCUAUCAAAUUCGACUAUUACAAAUCGAAUAUUUUUUUCCUAGAAUAGCAAUUAGAUGCUCAAAGAGAAUGCAAACGGUAGUAGCAGAGAACUGUGGUUGAGCUGUUGCACAGCAUUAGGAAUUGUAACGCUUGUUUCAAUGAGAA